AUGAAAUAUAUACUUUCAGACGCCUGGCCUAUACCACAUGCCGCCCGAGCUGCAAAUGCUGCACAGCAGCGCCUCAAUGCAACACCUGCAGUUGGUGCAGCUGGCCGCGCAUCAGGCCGGCCUGGCGCACCAGCUGCAGCCGCUCCCGGGCUUGACUCAGAUCCAGCCGCACCCGGCCCUGGGCCAGAUUCAGCCGCAUCCGGCUCUCAGCCAGAUCCAGCCGCAUUCGGCUCUCAGCCAGAUACAGUCGCAUCAGGCUCUAAGUCAAAUGCAGGCACAUCAGGGUCUAAGCCAGAUCCAGGCGCACCCGGGUCUCGGCCAGAUUCAGGCGCAUCCAGGUUUGAGUCAGGUACAAGCGCAUCACACGGGAAUCGUACCAACGAGGCCACGCCCACUUUGUCACCAUCACGCGCCACGACACGCAACAUAACUACUGUUACAUGGUAUAGUGCCGUAUGUACAGUAUAA